UAAGCGGACAGUAUGCUCCCGUGGUGCGCUGCACGCGCUACUGCUUAUUUAUGCAAUGGCGUCUGCUCAUAAUUGCAAGGAAAGGCAUGGGAAUGGAGGGGAAGAGCGUUAGGAUCUUGUGCCCUAGAAUUAUUUUUUCAAGGGAGCCUGGCUUGCAAUGGCUGAUCGGUUCCCCUUUCAUGCCCUUCACUGUCGUCUCUUCUUUCAGAUGUAUACACACUCAUGGCGAUCCGUUUUCUUCCGAUUAUGCAGCUGAAGCAGAUGAUAUGAGGACAUUGUUACUGAGGGGGUUUGAUAUAAUUGGUGCAUUAGUUAUUGGCGAUGGAGAUCCUUUAGAAAAUGCUUCUAAGGCAGCAAACGCUGCUUGUAAUAUGACAAAAUGGCUUAAUCGAGAUCAUGAAAACGCUGGUGUUAUAGGAGCAGCUUAUGAUUUAAACAAUGGCAAAGUCCAAUAUUUUUUCUUUGGAUCUGGAAGCGAUACAAAACCUGAAGCAUUUGACUCUGUUUUAUGUGAAGAAAAUCCCGAAAAGUAUUUAUGGGAAAGAGGAUGUCUACUUAGAUGUGAACUUUCAAUCAGGCUUCCAGUGUAUCUUCCUACAAAUAGACCAUCAGCAGAUGUAGAGGGGUUGUUUACCUCUCUAAUCGACGAGACAACUGCUAGAUUUAACACACCCCAGAUGACAUAUGUUGUAGAAGGUGCAAAGCAAACAUUAGAAGAAUGCCAACCCAUUGUUUUAUGUACUGAAUCAGAUAUCAUGAGUGGAUACUCAAAUCUCAAGCCUAUUAAAGGUUUUGAUGGUGCAGACAAUCUCUUCUGUUCAUAUUUUUCUUCCAGCAAUCAAUUGUUAUCAACUGCCAGGGAGAUUACCGAUCCAAUCAAAGUAACCGUUUUCCUCAAUUGUUCAAGGAAUACUCCCCCUUCUUGUGCACCUACAGCAGAUUAUUUUCCUGUAAUGGAACCCACAAGGCUAGUACAUGCUAGUUUCAAUCUGGAUGCCCUCUGUUAUUCUUCGAAAGAUUUCCCUGUGACUUCUGCAGUCUCAUUGUUGGUUGUUCCAGCAUUAAUUGACCAAUUAACCACAAUGAAGACAGCCAUCUUACCCUGCUUAAUGGCACGCCAGCCUCAGUUAUGUCCAAAUCAUUUCCUCCCCCCAGGCAUUCUGCAUCCAGUGACUGCUUUAUAUGAACUCAGUUAUGGGGAGACAGAGAUGAAACUAGUUGAGAUCAGAAGAUUGCUACAUUCAAGACUUGGGUUACCCUUGGAUCGUCCUUUGUUAAGAGUUGCAAAUUCCCUUAACUUCUUCCUCGAGAGCCGCACAGGGAAGAAUGGAUUAACGAAAGGUUCUGCACGGCUCAAAGAUGUUCAUACUGGAAUUCCUAGUAGCGGAGUUGUUGGAGGACAGAUGUCUCUUGUUGAUGGUUCCUAUGAAUAUUACCACUACCUUCAAGAUGGUUUCGAUGACAAUGGCUGGGGUUGUGCUUACCGCUCACUGCAGACGAUAUUUUCUUGGUUUAGGCUUCAGCACUACACUUCCAUUGAGGUUCCAUCACACAGGAAAAUACAGGAAACUCUUGUAGAAAUUGGUGACAAGGAGAUCUCAUUUGUUGGUUCUCGUGAAUGGAUUGGAGCUAUUGAGCUGAGUUUUGUUUUGGAUAGUCUUCUUGGGGUAAGUUGCAAGAUCAUAAAUGUCAGAUCUGGAUCAGAGCUUCCUGAGAAGUGUCGGGAGUUGGCUUUGCAUUUUCAUACUCAAGGGACUCCUGUUAUGAUUGGUGGCGGUGUCCUUGCUUACACUCUCUUGGGAGUCGACUACAAUGAGCACACCGGAGAUUGCGCCUUCCUCAUUUUGGAUCCGCAUUACACUGGAGGUGAAGACCUGAAAAGCAUUGUCAAUGGCGGAUGGUGUGGAUGGAAGAAAGCAACUGACAGCAGGGGAAAAAGUUUCUUUCUGCGCGAUAAAUUCUACAAUCUUUUGUGCCUUCAAAGACCAAACAUGGUGUGAAAUUUGUCUCCUACAGCAGAAAGAGAGAGUAUUAUGGAAUGCUUUGCUUUUCGGCUAUUUCCUGCCUAAUUUUCAAAGCACUCUAGGUGUGCAUUUUGUUAGGGGAAAGCUUUUUGUAUGACCCCAAGGCAUAUAAAUUAUAUGUGACCCCACUUUUCAGCUACGCGAUUUAAAUCAAUGGUUAGGAUUAUUCAUGUUAUGCUAAAACA